AUGCAAGGUGCUAAAGUGUCAAGAUUUGGACGUGCGAUCAAGGUGCCUCAGAGAUUAGAUCUCUUCGACCAGGAUCCAACUUUAAGAUUACAAAAUAGUGUUUUCAGCUAUGUUGUAAGUGGGACUCUUCCUGCUAAAGGAGAAAGUAAAUUACAUUGUGGGCUUAUUACAGAUAAUUUGGAGUUAGAAAGAGCAGUAAGAGAUUUUUGGGAAAUCGAAAACGUAGAAAGAGAGUCUGAGAUUUCUAAGAGUAAAGAAGCAGAAAUUUGUGAACAGCAUUUUCUCAAAAACUAUUCUAGGACUGAAACUGGAAAAUAUUUAAUCAAGAUACUGUUUAAGGAAAAUCCAAUGUGUUUAGGGAAUUCGAAACAAAUCUCGCUUAAGACGUUAAACUCAUUGUGGACUCGUUUAAUUAAGGAUGAAAAUUACUUAUUAUUGUACUAUGAUUUUCUACAUGAAUAUAGUGAACUAGGUCACAUGACUGAAGUGAAAGAUGAAGAUGAGCAAAAGGGGAAGUAUUACAUUCCACACCUUGGUAUUUAUCGCCCUGAGAAAAGUUCGACACCUUUGAGAGUAGUGUUCAAUGCUUCAACUGCAACAUCAAAAGGUAAUUCGCUGAAUUCAAUUCAGUGUAAUGGUGGUGUAAUUCAAGAGGACUUGUUUUCAAUUAUGGUACGUUUCCGAAAACAUAUUUCUGCUUUUACAGCGGAUAUCAAUAAGAUGUACCGAAUGAUAUCGAUUCAUCCUACUCAACGGCAGCUACAGAUAAUUUUGUGGAAAGAGUCAAUUAAUGGUCCAAUUAAAACUUUUGACUUAACACGGUCACCUAUGGCACAGUAA